AUGGCGAUGGGAAAAAGAGUUAGCGCAGCAGUAGCGAUCACUAUUGUGUUCUUCUUCUUGUUUCUGCAGCUUUCUGCAACAUCAGCUGGUAGGCCGGCCACGACGUCGGGUGCUCCCCCGGCGACGAUCGACGAUCAACCGUCGGCAUUCAACGCUCCCAAAUCGUCAACCUAUCGUCCAGAAGACUGCGAUGGUAUGAGCUAG